GGCGAGACUUGGGUCGUUUUCACAUACGACUGCUUGCCUAUAUACGCAAAAUCUGCACCACAGACCUCAGACCUCAGACCCGUCGACAAUGACGACUUUCUGCUCCGAAUUUACGAACGUCUCAAGAGUACGACCAUCGCCCUCUGCAUCGCAAAUCUGCUAGGAGCAGCAAGCGUGGAACUGCACAGACAGUCUGGAAAUACGCCAAUGUACAACCACACGAGUCCCGAAGCGUAAGAACAAUGACCCCAUUCACGUGCGAGCAAGGCAAGCCCGAAGACGAUCACGAGAUAUUCACGAGCGUCGACAAUAGCCAAGACGCACAUGCUGCCUCCGAGCUUGAGCGGCCCGCAGCGAGGUUGGUCAAUGCUCAACAUGCUGCCUACAAGUAGCGACUGCAGCCGGCUAUCAUCACCUGUCGACCAUCAACCCCUUCAAGACCAGCUCCAGCUCCAAACAGCCUCGAUCCUAAGAAGCCUCGGAGCGACGCACUUACAACACACCCUCUUUGCGCCCAGCAUGGCAUUCCAAAAGCUAUCAAAGGAGUCAGCAAAGCUCCUCUCUGAGCUUAAGAACGCUAAAAUCCUCAAAGCCAAGGAAAAGAAGGCCUUGCGCGAGAAGACCAAGCGCAAAGCUUUACUCAAGGACUCGAAGGUCGUCGCGCUCCCUCACCUACCCCUCGAGAUAUGGUACACCAUUGGAAAAUUCGCCAUCGAUGCAGAAGACGAGAUCUCGAACCGCUGGAGCAAGGAUAAGAGGGAACAGAACGCACUCAUGCGCCAACCUGGCAUCACUCGGACUUGCAAGCUGCUCCGUGACGAGCUCCUCCCAUACUGGUACGCCACGAAGGCCACAUGCGAGCUCUGGGAAUUCUCCUUUUCGUGGGCCGAUCUCAAUAUUCCGCAAUGGCUGCGUAUGAUCGGUCCAGAGGCACGGAGGCGAUUAGGAAGAGCGUAUCUGCUUUUAAGAGAACCGGGACACACCGACUCCAUCAAUCAGCUGCUGGGACGGAAGAAGCACAAGAGCAAGAUCCCCUUCACCCUUUCUGAAGCUGUGCCCUGGAAAUGGAGUGACCACAAGCACCGCCGGCUUUACAAGAACCAGCUGCCCACGCCCGAUGAUCUCCGAUUCGCCGUUGGGCGUUUCCGGUGGAUGCGUAAAGUCACCUUCACGUAGAUCAGAAGGGUCAAAGGCGAGCACGACAAGGGUGGCAUUUCCUCUCGUUCGUUCGCACACUUGCCCCCUGCAUUUUCUCCACGGCGACGACAUGUCAAAACCAUCACAUCUAUGCGACGACCUGGAAGCUCUCGCGCCUCUUCGUAUAGUGAGCUGCGACCUACUCAGCCGUGAGCUGAACCUAUAGAAGGCAAAAAAGCAUGAUACUGGAUAAAGGCAUAUGUAGAUCCAAAUCCCAAUACAAUAACCCCAGAGCGGGAAAAUCC